AUGGCAUCUGUCAACGUUGUGAUUGUGGGGGCUGGAAUUGCCGGCCUCGUUAUUGCCCACUCUUUGCUUCAAGGGGUUCCCAACGCUAAGAUCGUCCUGGUCAACCCUUCCCAGACGUUCUACUGGAACAUUGCCUCCCCACGCAUUGUCGCCAAACCAAAGGCCUUCAAGCCAGAGCAAUACUUGCUUCCAAUCAAGGAUGCCUUCGCCCAAUACUCGAGCGAGAAAUUUGAGUUGGUUCUUGGAACUGCAACCGCCAUUAAUGUCGCUGGAAAAACUGUGACUGUCACCCUCAAUGGCAGCGGUGGCUUGAAAGACUUGUCUUAUGACCAUCUCGUGAUCGCAUCUGGAAGUACCAACUCGUCCACCACUGGUGCAGUCACUGGAACUUCAAUCCCAUUCAAGCCAUCCAAUCGGGACGAUAUUAAACAAAUUGUCGAGGCCGCCCAACAGCAGAUCGCCAAUGCCAAGGAGAUCGUGAUCGGUGGUGCUGGACCAGUCGGUGUUGAGUUGGCGGGUGAGCUUGCUGAAGGUCUCGGCAGCAAGGCAACUAUCACCUUGAUUUCUUCUGCAGACCGCGUGCUUCCCAUGAUCAAGGCCUCUGCUAGUGCCGUGGGCGAGAAGAAACUAAAGGAGAAGAAUGUCAAAAUCAUCACAUCCGCCAAGGUGACCGGUGCCGAGGCCUCAACCGAUGGAACCAAAUCCUGGACUGUCACUCUGGACAAUGGAAAGAAGCUGUCCGCCGACGUGUACAUUCCCACGACGGGCGCCAUCCCGAACAGCAGCUUCAUUCCUGCCGAAUUUCUCGACAGCAACGGCUGGGUCAAGGUCGACAAGGAGCUGCGUGUGCAGUCCUCCGGCGGUUCGGCUCUGCCCAUCUAUGCCGUCGGCGACAUCAACACCAACAACAUGCGUCUUAGCUUCAAGGCCACCGAACAGGCCAAGAUCGCCGUCACCAACAUCAAGGCCGACAUCGCGGGCUCGGGCGAGCGCAAGUCCUAUGAUCAGGGUGAGAGUAUCAUGAUGAUGGUGCCCGUUGGAGAGACUGGUGGUACUGGUCAGCUAUUUGGAGUGACUCCUUUUAGCUUCAUGGUCAAGUUCGUCAAAGGCAAGGACUACUUUGUGUCCAAGGCGCCGCAAUACCUGGCGGGCAAGGCUUAA